AUGGAAGUGAAAAGUAAGAUGAGCACAAGCAAAUAUUACACAAGAGAAGAAGAAGAGGAGGAUCAGGCUGAGAUGGCACUUCCAGGAUUCAGAUUUCAUCCAACAGAUGAAGAGCUAGUAGGGUUUUAUCUAAGGAGGAAAGUAGAGAAAAGGCCGCCUAUCAAUAUUGAACUCAUCAAACAGAUUGAUAUCUACAAAUAUGAACCUUGGGAUCUUCCAAAGUCAAGCAACAUGGGAGAAAAGGAAUGGUACUUCUUUUGCAAAAGAGGGAGAAAAUAUAGAAACAGUGUUAGACCAAAUAGGGUGACUGGUUGUGGAUUUUGGAAGGCUACUGGUAUUGAUAAACCUAUUUAUAAUUCUACUGAAUGCAUUGGGUUGAAGAAGUCAUUGGUUUAUUAUCGAGGUAGUGCUGGAAAAGGCACAAAAACAGAUUGGAUGAUGCAUGAGUUUCGACUUCCUUCUGAAAAUGACAAAUCUACUAAACACAUUGAAGCUAAAACCAUUGCUCAAGAAGCUGAAGUUUGGACUCUAUGUAGAAUCAUUAAGCGAAAUAAGUCAUGUGUAGCUGCAGAAUGGAGAAUAGCAGCAGCAGCAAAGAGAAACCCAGUAGUUGACUCAGAAACAUGCAGUGCGGAUUCUUCAGAUUAUAUAAUAAGCUUUGGUACUGCUCCAACUGUGAAGCAUCAUGAUAUUGUUCAUCAAGACAUGAUGACAUCAUCAACAAAUAAUAGUAAUGACCAACAGCUGCUACGGAGCUCAUCAUCAAUACUGUGUACUACUCAACAACCUUCAUCAGACAUGAACUUCGAGUUGUUGUUAAAGAAUAAUGUAGAUUAUUGGGAUGAACUUACAUCUAUUUUAGACCUCGAUCGUUAUUGA